AUCUUGUAACAGCUCCUACAGCAACGUAGCGCAUCCCUCUUUACUUGAACGCCAUCCCCAAUCGUGUGGACUGGUGUACGGGUACUGCACUCAAAAUGCAGGCCUGUCAACCAACCACCCUUGCGCUGCGCGCAGCUCGAACGUCCCUACCGAAACCCAUUCAGCGACGAAACCUCCAAGAUGUCGCGAUCACCCGGACGGGCAAACCCAUUUUAAGAACACAGGGCGGAAGGUCAUCGUUAGGAGGACACACAGCGACCGUUUUUGGAGCAAAUGGAUUCCUUGGCAGAUACAUCGUCAAUAGGCUAGCAAGAAGAGGAAACCAAGUCGUCGUACCGUACCGUGAUGACAUGGGCAAGCGACAUCUCAAAGUCACAGGCGACCUUGGUCGGGUCAGCUUCAUUGAAUUCGACCUGAGAAACACGCAGUCCAUUGAGGAAGCCGUGAGACAUUCGGACAUGGUCUUUAACCUGAUUGGCAAGAACUAUCCCACCAAGAACUUCAGCCUUUUCGACGUCAACGUCGAGGGCGUUGAGAGAAUCGCGGAGGCGUGUGCAAAGUACGACGUCGAUCGGUUCAUUCAUCUCUCCUCAUUCAACGCGGACCCCAACUCCCCCUCGGAUUUCUUCAGAGCCAAGGCCCAAGGUGAACAAGUGGCACGCCAGCUAUUCCCCGAAACCACCAUCGUCCGUCCCGCGCCCUGCUUCGGCUUCGAAGACAACCUGCUCCAUCGUCUAGCCGGUGUCACCAAUUUGUUGACUGUGAACAACAUGCAAGAACGCUUCUGGCCUGUCCAUGCCAUUGACGUUGGCGAGGCUCUCGAGCGCAUCGGCUACGACGACACCACCGCCGGAGAGACGUUCGAGCUCUACGGUCCCACGAACUACAGCAUGGCCGAGAUCGCCGAGAUCGUGGAUCGAGAAAUCAUCAAGCAGCGCCGACACAUCAACCUGCCGAAGUGGCUGCUCAAGCCCGUGCUGCACUACCUGAACAAGGUGAUCUGGUGGCCGAUCCUGGGCGCCGACCAGAUGGAGCAAGAGUGUCUGGACCAGGUCAUCGACCGCAGCGCGAAGACGUUCAGAGACCUCAACAUGGAACCGGCCGAGCUCAGGGACCUGACGUAUCAAUACCUGCAAGAUUACCGGAGCAGUAGCUACUAUGACCUGCCGCCGGCCACGGCACGGGAGAAGCAGCAGGCGAAGAAGUACCUGCACGUCAUUGAUGAUCAGUAGAGGAUCUUUUGGUAUGGUUUUUGAUCCCUUUUUUUUGUCGUUCCAAAAGAGGUUCGUCAUGGGGGCUCGCCGGGGAAGCAGACGACCCGAAAAAGGCCUGGAUUUUGUACAUACAUACAUAUAUGGCCCUUCAGAAGGUUAACCAUGAAGGUUCCUUGAAGACAGAUUUAUAUAAAAAUGGACUGCAACUUGAACCC